UGAACAGUUGCGAAGUAGUCCGCGCCCCGGAAGGUCGUGGACCUGCGCGGGGUACCGGUGAAAGGUGGAUUGUGUUGAUAGGUUGUGUAUGAUUUUAGUGAUGAGUUUUUAACUCUGAGUUUAAACUGAAGCAUUGCAGUGACUGGUGGAGUCUGCAUGUUCCGUCCUGUUCAGCGGGUGUCCGAGCCUCGUGCCGCUCCGUUCGUGGCGUGUGAGCGGCCAUCGGCGUCCUCCGUCCGCCGCCGGCUGGGCCCGGGCGGCGCACCGAUGCGACCGAGCACAGAGCCGGCCGCCGGCCCCCGCGGCCGCCACUAGCUACCACCCAGUGACGCGCCGCUCGACAAAGUGUCGCACUUCGGCAUCGCCGCCUCCCGAUACUUUAGUGCCAGUGCCCAGUCGCGCACCAUGCAGAAGCGCGACAGCAAGGAGAAGGCGUCGGCCGAGCCGACGGCGCGGCACUCUGCCUCGCGGCCGGCCGGCGCGGCGCGCACCAACGUGCACAGCACGGGCACGCGCCAGGCCGGCUCCGGCGGCUCCGGCGUGCUGAUGGUCGGACCCAACUUCCGCGUCGGCAAGAAGAUCGGGAGCGGCAACUUUGGCGAGCUGCGGCUCGGCAAGAACAUCUACAACAACGAGCACGUCGCUAUCAAACUGGAGCCCAUGAAGUCGAAGGCUCCUCAGCUUCACCUAGAGUACAGAUUCUACCGUCAACUGGGCACCCACGACGGUGUGCCCAAGGUGUACUACUUCGGGCCGUGCGGCAGAUACAACGCGCUGGUCAUGGAGCUGCUCGGACCCAGUCUCGAGGACUUGUUCGAUCUGUGCGAUCGCAAGUUCUCGCUUAAAACUGUGUUGUUGAUAGCUAUUCAAUUAUUGCAUAGGAUAGAAUUCGUCCACUCCAAGCACCUUAUCUACCGGGACGUCAAGCCGGAGAACUUCCUCAUAGGGCGAAGCUCAAACCAAAAAGACAAAACAAUCCACAUCAUAGAUUUCGGCCUGGCGAAGGAGUACAUCGACCCGGAGACAAACCGGCACAUACCGUACCGGGAGAACAAGAGCCUCACGGGCACCGCCCGCUACAUGAGCAUCAACACCCACCUCGGAAAAGAGCAGAGCCGGCGGGACGACCUUGAGGCUCUGGGCCACAUGUUCAUGUACUUCCUGCGUGGCAGCCUGCCCUGGCAGGGUCUCCAAGCAGAGACACUCAAGGAGCGCUACCAGAGGAUCGGAGACACCAAGCGGGCCACACCGGUCGAAGUCCUCUGCGAAAACUAUCCAG